UUUUAGGUAGAGCAUAGAUAGAUGGAUAAAACUAAAAGAUAGUCGGGUGGUGUCCGGAGGGAGGUUACCUUGCUUGCAGGCAUGGGCAUGGGCAUCCCGAGGUGCGAAGAAGAAGCCGCCGCCGCCGUCCUUGCGGUGGACGGACGAACACAACACCUUUGGGCCAGCCAAAGAUAUCAUCCCCCAGCCCAGGCUAAUAACAUGGGGUGGUUAGGUUCCUUCCUUCUUGUAGGUAGUACAGUAUGUGGUGUGCCUGCCACUGGAUUAUUGAUAUUGGGCCGUCCUCCUCCGGUCUCCAUCGGAUCUUCUUCUCCGUCGUCGUCUUCGCAGAUCUCUCCGCUCCGCCUCAGGACUUUCGCAGCCACAGAACUGCUUUAUUUGAUGGUAUUGAGGAGGGUGCAAUCACAACCUCAGCUUACUCUUCUCAAAUUCAUGAGCGUCAGAAUGACCAAGCUAUGGACAGUCUGCAUGACAGGGUCAGCGUUCUCAAAAGAUCGGUUGUCUCUUCAGUUGACAGGCGACAUACAUGAAGUGGAGAAUCACAACCGAAUGCUGGACAGAAUGGGUAAUGAUAUGGAUGCUUCCAGGGGAUUUCUUUCUGGAACGGUGGUCAAGUUUAAGAUGGUUUUUGAGACUAAAGCAAGUCGCAGAAUGGCUACCAUGGUGACUUCUUUCAUUGUUAUCUUCUUCCUUAUAUACUACCUAACCAAGUAGACAAAUUACCUGACUCUGCCUUCCAUUUUUCUUCUUGCCUGCCCGUAAAGUAUAUGGCUGAGCAUGUGUGCCUGAAUAGUUAUGAAGUUUUGUGCACUUGAUGAGCGAACAUUUGAGGGUUUAUCUCAAACUGUGGAUUGUAAGAUGAGCUGGACGUUUUCUGAAUGGGGUGGUGAGAACUGUUGUAAAACUUUGUGACGGCAAAAGAUGGGUUACGAGUUUUAUGAUAUAUGCCCUUGUUGGUGCUGCUGCACUGAUGCCCAUUUCUGCCAUUCGUUAUGCGCAAAGCAGCAAUUGGAAGGAAUUCGCUUCACUCCAUGUGAUGCAUUGUUGUUUUGCUGGGAUUUGUCUGUCUGUAAGUCAGAUGGACUGACGCAAGUGGCUGCUGCAAAUGUCAAAUGGCGACUCUGUCCUGCCGAUUGUAUCCCUGA